ACAAUAUAAGUAUAUAGGCAUAAUUAAUUGUCCCUAUAAACCCUAACCCUUUACACAUAAUACAUGAUCUCAUGUAUGUGUAUGAGUGUGUACAGUGGAUAAUAUAAUCAGAAGUUAUAAAUACAUGUAGAAGGACUUGUUUUUUAACGGUGUAGUUUCCCCUCCGUCCUGAGGGGGCGGUGUCUGCGCGGGGAACGUUCAAGCUGCUGAAUCGAUCAGCACAAGAAGAAGCAAAUCAACUGGUCGCGCGGGCUCGGUUCAGACUUGUUUAUAUACAGUCUAUGGUUCAGACGCGGUUCUCCGGUGUGAACGGCGAGAAAAAAAAACACUGAGCUGCUUCCCGAACGAUGCAGCGGGACUUGUCCGUGUUCUCGGUGACUCCGGCCGCGAGCCUGUUGUCCAGAUGUGUGUCCAGAGGAGCGCUGUCUCAGGAGGAAAUAGACUUCUCCGCCAGGCAAAGUCCUGCCUUCUCCUCUCACCUGCAAGAGGCUGAGCAGCGAAUCAGAACACAGAGACAGCUGGAUGAGUCGCUUCUUCUUCUGCUGUUGCAGCUGCAGCUGGAGGCGGAGCUUCUGCAGGUGGAGAGGGAGAGCGCCCACGUCACACAUGUUCGAUCCCUCGCUCGCCGGUUCCAGAUGCUGCAGAUGUUCUGUGAUCACCUGCAGCAGCUGCUGAAGGAGCAGAACAGGCUGAGGCAGAGACUGAUGACUCCACUGGGUCGCACCAACCUGCCGGUUCAGGCUCACCUGCACAGGUCUGUGGUUGAGGUUGUGAAUGUUCUGCUGGACUUCAUCGACACCCUGGAGGAGAAGCUGGACUCGGUCCACAGCUGCACCACCACCAGAGACCGGAUCACUCAGCUGGUCAGUCCUAACACCUCUCUCGCCCGGCUGCUGACUCAGGCUGCAGAGCUGCAGACUCUGUCCAAUCAGGUUCUUCAGUUGAAGGAAGUGGGACGUGACCUGUGACCUUUGACCCCUCACAUUCACCUUCCUUGUCUUGUUUUAGUUUUUGUAAUAAACUCAGUUUGUGGUGGAAA